AUGCCUACCCCCGAGUCCGAGCAGUUCAAGGCCCAGAAGCCUACCGUCCCUCCCACCUUCAACGGCGUCAACUACGAUGAUACCAAGGCCUUCAAGGCUGCUGAGGAUGCCCUCAUCCGGGAACAAUGGGUCGGCGCCAUGAUGACCCGACUCGUCGGAGAGGAGCUGGGCAAGUGCUACGUCCGUGAGGGCGUGAACCACCUCGAGAACUGCGGUCACCUCCGAGAGCGAUACCUCCAAUUGCUGAAGACGAACAAGAUCAAGGGCACCAAGUUCCUGCAGCAGAACUACAUCGACCAGAAGGAGGAGGAGCUUGACCGGGCAGCCAAGGUGCACACCAGCGACAAGCUUGCCAAGAUCAACCAGGACCGGUUCGCUUCGUGA